AUGCAGCUGUACCAAGACUUACAUCACUGUUUUAUUUUUGAUAAAAAAGAAACGAAUCAAAUAUUUAUCCCUUGUGCUUCUCAUCCUUUACAAUUAGAUGAUUCAUCAUGUUCUAGUUCUUGUUCUUCUAUUAUACUUUCACCUAUUGAAAGAAAUUUUGUUCCUCCUCCUAGAAAUUCAAAUCCAAUUUUAAAUGAUCCACUCUUUUGUCAGUUACAUACUAACAUUUCACCAACAAAUAUGAUUUGUUAUUCAACAAGUAUUUCUUCUGACUCUUCAUUUGAUGACUGUUUUAGUUUUGAAUAA